AUGGAAAGAGCGAAAUCUUCUCUCAUGUAUGCCUCUAAAGCAGGAUUUUCCACUGGAAUAGUUACAACUACGAGAGUAACUCAUGCAACACCCGCAGCAGCAUAUGCCAAUAUAUUACAUCGAGAUUGGGAGUCGGUAGGACCAUCAAACGAGCAUGGAUUCCACUGCGUAGACACUGCUACACAACUACUGACGAACGCUUCUCACGUCAACGUCAUAAUGGGAGGAGGGGCAGCAGAAUUCUAUGGUCCGUCAGACAAUACCACCUUCAACAUGAAAGGGAAACGCUCUGAUUCACGCAACCUUUUACUUGAAUGGCAGGCUAUGCAGACCAAAAUGAAUCGCAAACAUGUUCUCUUACAUACAAACGAUGAGUUUAAACGAACCGACUGGUCUUUGGUUGACUACGUUUUGGGUUUGUUUUCUCCGAGUCAUUUGGCUUAUCAACUGGAAAAUCAAGACCAACCAAGUUUAGCAGAAAUGACAGAAGCUGCUAUCAAAGUACUUUCUCGUAAUCCUAAAGGAUUUCUUUUGUUAGUGGAAGGAGGUAGGAUUGAUCAUGGGAAUCACGAAAAUCGAGCACAAUAUGCGUUAACUGAAACUUUGGAGCUCGAAAAAGCCGUAGAGAAAGCAUUGUCACUUGUUGAUCAACAAGAAACCUUACUGCUAGUCACAGCUGACCAUUCUCAUUCAUAUGGGGUGAUCGGCUAUCCGACAAGGAACACAAGUGUGCUAGAUGUGGAUAAUACUGCAAAAGGAAAUGAUAAUAAAUCAUAUCUCAUAUCUUCCUAUUUCAAUGGACCAAGAGGUAUAUUGGAUGCACCUCGAUCAGAUCCGGCAACAGAAGAUAGAUUUGCAAGCAACUAUACGGCAGAAUCAUUGGUGAGACUCAGUACUUCAACACACAGUGCUGAGGAUGUACCGAUUUAUGCUAAUGGACCUUACAGUGAACUAAUUAAUUCUUCAUUGGACAAUACAUUUAUUGCGCAUGCAACCAUGUACUCGCUUUGUAUCGGACCAUACACGGAUCAGUCACAUUGUGACGAAGGAAACAAUGGAUCUCAACUCAGAGGACUUCAUCUAAAUAACCUUUAUUAUUUACUAUUUCUUAGUGUUAUUUUGUACACUUUCAUACAUUAG